GGCCGGCCAUGCCAAGAGCUUACUCCUAUAGAAGUAGGUACGUUCGUACUAGGUAGCUGCGAGUACAUGAUCGAUCGGCAGAUCAGAUAGAGCAUCCGGCUGAGAUCAGCUGAUAUGAUGAUGGAAAGGAAGAAAUCGUCCGAUCAAGUCAUGGCGGCCGGCAGCUUGCUUCUUUUGUUUGCAGCCGCCUUUGCGGCGGGUCAGAGUCUGGACGGCCUUGAAUACAUUGUAAUGAUUCAGCUGAAGGCAAGUAUUACAUUCCCGAGCACAGACGCAUGGACCGAAGCCGAUCCGUGCGACUGGCUCCGUGUGACGUGUGCCGCUCCAACAACGCACCCCGAGCACAAAUUUGUUACCUCUAUCGAUAUUUCUGAUUCGAAUAUCAACGGGACUCUGCCCGGAAGUCUGGGAGUCCUCUCCCAGAUGUUAGGCUUCGGAGCCGCCAACAACCGCCUCACCGGCCCACUUCCGGACUUCGCCAAUUGCUCAAAUCUCGGGAUGCUCGACGUCUCCCACAACGGCUUCACUUCAAUCCCGCCAACUCUGUUUCGCAACAAGCCUUCCCUCUGGUCAGUUACUCUAGACUACAACCUUUUGCUUCAGCCCUGGGAGAUUCCUGAAGAUCUGAGCUCCUGUUCACACCUCUUCAGUUUCACCGCCACCAGUUGCAACGUUCACGGGGACUUACCCAGCUUCUACAACAACCACACUUUCUCCGACUUAAAGGACCUCCAAUUGGGGAACAACCAUUUAUCCGGGCAUCUCCCUCCCAGCCUGCCCGAAUCUUUGGAGACUCUGUACCUGAACGACAACAAUUUGUCCGGCGGAAUACCGGACGUGUCCCGCCUCCGGUCAUUGACGGCAUUCAUCGUCAGCCAAAACAGUGUUACGGGUCCGGUGCCGGAAUCAUUGGCAGGAAUCUCCUCACUCCAGGAAGUGGAUCUGUCCAACAAUCAUCUCAAUGGCUCUGUCCCUGUUUUUAAACAAACAAAUGUGACAGUGCUUACAUGUGGGAAUUCAGGUUUAGGGGAAAAAGGGCUUCCUUGCUGAUCGAAAGCUGGGCAUGCUGAAGGAAGAUGAUCCAUCCAUGGACCAUGGGCUGGUUGAUCAUAUACUUGUAUAAUGUUUCUGUGUUCUUCCGUUUGUUUCAAUCCGAAGGUUUCGAUCUUUUCCGUACGUGCUUAAUUAAUUUUAGAGAAAAUUAUCUCUCUUUCUUUGAGAAACUCUCUUAGUAUCUCAUCUGAUGCUCGGUGGGUCUCUCUUUUUGUUGUUUUCACAUUUUAAUUAAAGUAUUGAGUAAUUAAUCAUGUGCUUGUAGAUAUUUAAAAUUAAUGGACCAAUUUUGAUUAUCA